CAGUCGUCGACGGAACGCGUGCGAAAGCGAAUCAAAGCGGGUAGCUAACUACACUCGUGCAUGGCUGCCUGAAUGGGACAAUUAGCAGUUAAUUGGCAUUCGAUAUUGAGCGACUGGACGGAGAGCAGCUGAUAUGACCGAGAUAAUGGAUGAUGCGGAGCAAGAUGCGAUCGUUAAUAGAUUGAACAAUGAGCUGCACAUGCUCAGGGAACAGCUGCGAGAACGAGACUGCGAAUUGGUCAAGCUGCAUCGUGAAAUACACAAGCUGAAGAGCGUGCUGCAGCAAACCACCAGCAGCCAUGUGGGCUUGUCCAACAGCCAACUGCCGCCGGAGCAGUGCGGCGAGGUGAGCAGCAGUCGAGAGCAUGAGCAUGUGUGCAGUGCCUGCGGUCUGGUUAUGCCAGCCAGCAAUGGCAAUGAAAUGCAGAGCCACACAACAGCAGCAGCAGAAGCAGCAGGAGGAGAAGCAGGAGGAGAUGCAACAGAAACAGUUACAGCCACGGCAACAACAUUGGACAGCACAUUAAAAACAGAUGCGGCCACAUCGGAUGAAGUGCGUCCCAAGCCGCUGUUGGCGGCCAUUAAAAAGCAGGGCGUCUCCGCGGAGAGCUCGGUUCAGUCCAAGCAGCAGUCCUACACUGAAACUAUACCCAAAUACGAGAAAGACUACAGCGCCAAGCAGCAGAUCAAGGAUGCCAUCAUGGACAAUGAUUUCCUAAAGAACAUCGAUGCCUCGCAGGUGCGCGAACUGGUGGACUCCAUGUACUCCAAGAGCAUUGAGUCGGGUGAGUUUGUCAUCCGCGAGGGCGAAGCCGGCGCCCAUUUGUAUGUCUCUGCGGCGGGCGAAUUCGCCGUCAUGCAGCAGGGCAAGGUGCUGGACAAGAUGGGGCCAGGCAAGGCGUUCGGUGAACUGGCCAUACUCUACAACUGCACGCGCACCGCCUCCAUACGGGUGAUCAGCGAAGAGGCGCGGGUCUGGGUGCUGGAUCGUCGCAUUUUCCAGCAGAUCAUGAUGCGCACCGGGCUGCAGCGCAUUGAGAAUAGCGUGAAUUUCUUGAAGUCGGUGCCGCUGUUGCGCAAUCUCAGCGACCAGCUGCUGGCCAAGAUUGCGGAUGUGCUGGAAUUGGAAUUCUAUGCGGCGGGCACGUAUAUCAUACGCCAGGGCACGGCGGGCGACAGCUUCUUCCUCAUCUCCCAGGGCAAUGUGAGAGUUACGCAAAAGCUGACGCCCACUGCGCUGGAGGAGACGGAGCUGCGGAUCCUGGGUCGCGGCGAUUACUUUGGCGAACAGGCGCUCAUCAAUGAGGAUAAGCGUACGGCCAAUAUCAUUGCGCUGGCGCCGGGCGUGGAGUGCCUCAGCCUGGAUCGGGAAUCGUUCAAGCGGCUCAUCGGCGAUCUGUGCGAACUGAAGGAGAAAGAUUAUGGGGAUGAGGAUCGCAUGCUGGCCAUGAAACAGGCGCAGGCCCAGAGCGAGGAGUCGUUCGGUGCGCAGGCGCAACAGGAGUAUCCGGAUCUGAAGCUGACCGACCUUGAGGUGAUCAGCACACUGGGCAUCGGAGGCUUUGGUCGCGUCGAGCUGGUCAAGGCGCAUCAUCAGGGUCGCGAGGACAUCUUUGCACUGAAGUGCUUGAAGAAGCGACACAUUGUGGACACCAAGCAGGAGGAGCACAUUUACAGCGAGCGCAGCAUCAUGCUCAGCUCGAACUGUCCCUUCAUCUGCCGUCUCUAUCGCACAUUCCGUGAUGACAAGUACGUCUACAUGCUGCUGGAAGCGUGCAUGGGCGGCGAGAUCUGGACCAUGUUGCGAGAUCAUGGCUCCUUCGAUGACAAUGCAGCCCAGUUCAUCAUUGGCUGCGUCCUGCAGGCCUUCGAGUACUUGCAUGCCCGUGGCAUACUCUAUCGGGAUCUCAAGCCGGAGAAUCUCAUGCUGGACGAGCGCGGCUAUGUGAAGCUGGUGGACUUUGGCUUUGCCAAGUAUAUUGGGAAUAGCGCCAAAACGUGGACGUUCUGUGGAACGCCCGAGUAUGUGGCGCCAGAAAUUAUUCUCAACAAGGGACACGAUCGAGCCGUGGACUAUUGGGCUCUGGGCAUUCUCAUACACGAGCUGCUCAACGGCGCUCCACCAUUUACUGCGCCCGAUCCCAUGCAGACUUAUAACCUAAUCCUAAGGGGCAUCGACAUGAUCACAUUUCCCAAGCACAUCUCACGCUGGGCCGUGCACCUGAUCAAGCGCCUCUGCCGGGAUGUGCCCUCCGAACGUUUGGGCUACCAAACGGGCGGCAUACAGGAUAUCAAAAAGCACAAAUGGUUUCUCGGCUUCGACUGGGAUGGCCUGUCCAGUCAGCUGCUGAUACCGCCCUUUGUGCGGCCCAUUGCGCAUCCCACGGACGUGCGUUACUUUGACCGUUUUCCCUGUGAUCCCACUGAGCCGCCGGAUGAGCUUUCUGGCUGGGAUGCGGACUUUUAGCCUAAUAUAAGCCGAUACCCUAUACCCAAUGCAACCAUUACCAAGUA